UCUUUUCCUCUGUAGCACAAUAUUUCGAGUAAAAUAGUUUUUUAUAUUGUCAGGGUAGGCUUAGCCUAUCACCUAACAGUAUAACAUCCCAAUACUGUAACGUUUCUAGUUUGUAGUUUGGCUUGGCUUGUCGUACUAGCCUACAUUUAGCCUAACGCUCACUGCUCGUGAGGCGACCUGGCUUCAUUGCCUGCAACCUAACUUAAACACAGAAAUCAAGCAUCUCAAUCAGACUCCUCCUCCCCCCUCCCAUCCUGGUUCUCUCUCCUCAUCUCCCUCCCCCCUUCCCCCUAUGCUCAGUUCGGUGUGUGUCUCCUCUUUCAAAGGGCGCAAGGGUGGGAACAAGUCGGCCAGCAAAGCAUGUUCCAGCGCAGACAUGACUUGUACGUCAGACAGCGAGAAAAUCGUGAUAAACUGCGGUGGAGUUCGACACGAGACGUACCGCAGCACCCUAAAGACGCUGCCCGGUACCCGGUUGUCCUGGCUAACGGAACCCGACGCGUAUAGCAAUUUUGACUACGACCCCAAAACUGACGAGUUCUUCUUCGACCGUCACCCCGGCACUUUUGCAUUCAUUCUGAACUAUUAUCGCACAGGGAAGUUACACUGUCCCAAUGAUGUGUGCGGUCCACUCUUUGAGGAGGAGCUGGCUUUUUGGGGUAUCGAUGAGACGGACGUGGAAGCAUGCUGCUGGAUGAACUAUCGCCAACACAGGGAUGCCGAGGAGGCACUGGACAGUUUUGAACAACCCGAGCCUGAUGAGGAGGAUGACCCGGCGCUGACGGGUGGCGCCGACGGGGACCUGAAGCGUUUGUGCCUGCAGGAAGACGGCCGCAAGCCCAGCUGGUGGAGCGUGUGGCAGCCCUACAUUUGGAACCUCUUCGAAGAUCCGUACUCUUCCAAAAAUGCCCGGUACGUGGCGUUCAUCUCCCUGUCGUUCAUCCUCAUCUCCAUCUCGACGUUCUGUCUGGAGACGCACGAGGCCUUCAACACCAUCUACAACAAGACAGAGAACGUCACUGUGGGCAACGUGACGAAAGAGGAGAUUGUGUACGAGGUGGAGACGGACAUGUGGCUGACGUACGUUGAGGGCAUGUGCGUCAUCUGGUUCACCAUCGAAGUCUUUGCCCGCGUCAUCUUCUGCCCAGACAAGGCCGAGUUCUUCAAAGCCUCGCUCAACAUCAUUGACUUUGUGGCCAUCCUGCCCUUCUACCUGGAGGUGGCGCUGAGCGGCCUGUCCUCCAAGGCCGCCAAGGACGUGCUGGGCUUCCUGCGCGUGGUGCGUUUCGUGCGAAUCCUGCGUAUCUUCAAGCUGACGCGGCACUUUGUGGGUCUGCGGGUCCUGGGCCACACGUUGCGCGCCAGCACCAACGAGUUCCUGCUGCUCAUCAUCUUCUUGGCGCUCGGAGUGCUCAUCUUCGCCACCAUGAUCUACUAUGCCGAGCGCGUGGGCGCCGAUCCCGACGACCCCACCGGAGCCGCCCACACCACCUUCAAGAACAUCCCCAUCGGCUUCUGGUGGGCCGUGGUGACCAUGACCACCCUGGGCUACGGGGACAUGUACCCGGAGACGUGGUCCGGCAUGCUGGUAGGGGCGCUGUGUGCCCUGGCGGGUGUGCUCACCAUCGCCAUGCCUGUGCCCGUCAUCGUCAACAACUUUGGCAUGUACUACUCGCUGGCCAUGGCCAAGCAGAAGCUGCCCAAGAAGAGGAAUAAGCACAUCCCGCGUGCCCCGCAGCCCGGCUCGCCCAACUACUGCAAGCCCGACGCCCUGGCCAUGGCCACCGCCUCGCCACACAGGCUCAUGGGAAACGUGCUGGGCAACAUUGGCGUGUCGGGCAGCAUGGCCGGAGACUGCCCGCUGGCCCAGGAGGAGAUCAUCGAGAUCAACAGAGCAGACUCCAAGCAGAAUGGCGACGCGGCGAGCGCGGCCCUGGCCAAUGAGGACUGCCCCACCAUAGACCAGGUGCUGGGCCCCGACGACCGCAGCCCCGCCACGGGCGGCCAGGGCACAGGCCGCGAGCGCUACCCGCACGACCGCGCGUGCUUCCUGCUCAGCACCGGAGAGUUCCGCACCGCAGACAGCAAUGUCAGGAAAGUGUUGAGUUUCUAAAUUCCCUCACUUUCUGUCCAAAAGAAGACAAAAAUUGUCCCAUUUAUCCAAAGCCUGUCAUCGGAAGCACCAUUAGAAGAACUACGACUUCCAUGUAGAAGACAGAGAAAGAGAGAGAGAGAGAGAGAGUGAGAGAGCAAGAGAGGAAGAGAGUGAGAAGACCUGAGGAAAAGAAGACAUCGAGAAAAAAAAAGAAGAGUCACUUACCUAUUAUUCUGCAUCACAUACUGCAACAGAGACAAAGAGUGGACAAUUACUAAAACACAUAUAACCAAUAGCAUCCAUCAACAUCGGACAAUGGACAUAUGCAGACUAUAAUAAUGCAACGCUUAGGCACAUAUGACUGCAAACACAUACAAAAUACGAGGCAUUAGGACUUGGCCAUAGAGGUUUGUGACAACCUCUGUUUAGCCGACGGAUUUGUCAAAACGUCUUUCUCCAGUAUUUUGUGACCAUGGCAAUGAAAAAACAUCUGGAGGACAAAGGUCCAUCAGUUACAUAUUUUAACCUGAGAUGUGAAGGAAAGCUUAAUGACUCACAUCCAAAUGAUUUACAUCCAAAGAUGUAUACACACACACACACACACACACUCAGACACCAUAUGCAGUAUGUAUCUUGAUGCUUCAAGCAGUUCAACCUCUUUGGACUCUGGGACAUUUUAAAAUUGUGACUCAGCAAAUGCAGAAAAGGUGACGAAGGAGAGUGAUGAUCUUGGUGAUUGUUUGUCCUGUAGCUGGGGGUUAUACAGUACGUUGCCCCAUGUUGUUUCUCUCUGUCUUUCUCUCUCUCUUCUCCUCUAUGGGUCAUGCUACUG